AUGACUUCGCAGCCCGCUAUCACCGACGCUGACGACUCGAUUGUCCUCUCCGACCUCGUGCGCACCGGCGAGGCUUCCAGACUGCGACGCCGGGGUGCUCUACGACUAGACCGGAACUCUAUCCACCACAACCCGCCAGUCCUUCCCCGGAACUUUGGCCGACCGCCUUUGUUUUUGGAGGACUCGGAUUCGGACGAGGAAAAUAGGCCGUAUAGCUUUGCGUAUGGCCAGAGCGACAUGCUUGACCGGCACCACCGUGCGUUUACGUCGCAUCAGCACCAGUAUCCUUCUUAUUCGCGGUGGGUCGAGGAACUGGACGUUGAUGAUGAGAAUCCGACGUAUAUUCUCGUGUGUGGAGCUGAAGUCGAUGUGGACUCCACUUAUCCAUCCUCCUCGACGCCGUUCAAACCCUCGUUGCUCCCCGUUACCCCGCCCAAACCAGGAUCCAGUUCGAGGAAUGGUGGAUCAAAGAAAUCAAACAACGGUUGCGGGGCGUAUGUACAUUUCGCAGCGACCUGUGCCCCGUCGGCACAGCAUGCGACGAGGACGUACACCGCACGGUCGCCGGCGACGGACGUGGUCGUACCUCUUGCGAGUGAGUACUUCCAUCCGUAUGUCGGGGUGCGCUUCGAGACGAGUGCGUGUGGGUGUGUGAAGGAGGGGAUUGGGUGUGUGGUUUGUGGGAAUCCGUUGGGGACUAGGUGGAGGUUUUGUGAGCGGAUGGCGGAGGGGAGGAGGAAGGGGUUGGCGAGGCGGUGGAGACAGCGGCAGCAGCAGAGGGGCUUGGUGGGUCCGGAUGGUCCGCCGUACUGGGGUGGAGCACCGUCCACUUCGUCGUCGUCGUCGCGGACCCGGAGUUCGUAUCAGCAACAGUCGUCCGAUUUGAACGCACAGCCGUGUCCUAUAACCGAUCCAUCAUCAUCAUCAUCAUCCGCCUCUGCAAGUUCAUCAUCUUCCUCCCCCUCCUCGACAACGCAGUUCUACCAACCUCCACCCGAACCCCCGUUGGAACUAUACACCUUUUUCUCAAAUGCAGUAACGGCAUUCGUGGAUCCUACGGCUCAGUUGUAUCCUAAACCGCGGGUUGAGACGGAGAUGAAUUUACCUGUUGUCCCUACGGAGCCGAAUUCGCCUGUCGUCGUCCCUACCGAGCCUAAUUCCCCACUCUCGUCGCCGACGUUUGCGCCGUCUUCGCCCCGCACUCGACGGCCGUGGCGUGCUUCUGUUUCGAGUGGGAGCAGUGACGAUGAUGAUCAUGAUCAGAGGGUGAAUUUCGAUGAGGUUUUGGGGUUGGGAAUUACUAGGGGUUUGAGGGGAGGACGGGAGGUGAAUAUUGAGGAUGGGAGUGCGUCAAGUACCAUUGGGUCUUCGACUGCGAAUACGAGUGCAAGUGCGGGGGCGAGGGAAGUGGUGACGAGGACGGAUUUUGACCGGGAAUGGCAGCAAAGGUUGAGCCAUGUUAUGAUUGCACCGCCGUUGUUUGAUCGGCAGUUUACGUCGUCGCCUGAGCCGUUCUUACCUCUUCCUCGUCGUCCUUUGGAAGAUGUGGACUUGAAUGCGGGGCAGGAGGAUGGGAACUUGGAUGCGGAUAGGAAUGUGGUGAUGGGGACGUUGAGGGUGGGUGGGGCUCGGAGGCCUGCUGGGUCGGUGGAUGACAGAGCUACUGGAACAGCAGACGACGAUAGGCCUACUCUAGCGAUGGACGUCGGGCGUACUGCGACAACAGACGACAGACCUACUCUAACGACGGACGAUAGACCUACCGGGCCAACAACCGACAGACCUACUCAGACAACAAACGACAGACCUACCGGACCAACGGACGAACCACUACCUACCGGAACGACGACGACGCGCUCCAUCGAGAUGACGCACCCGCAGCCUCAGCCAAUGUCAUUCUACCAGCAGCAGGUGCUGGGUGCUUGGGAGCGCGAGAGGCAGCGGUUGAGGAGGCAGCAGCAACAGCACGGGUGGUGGGGGUUCGGGUUGGGCGGUGGUUGGAAUGGUGGGGGUAGUGGUAUUGGUGGGAGCCGCGAUACCUGGAGGGCGAAUCACCCGCGGGAGGUUGGGGGUUCUACCUCCACUGACAACGCUACCGAGAACGGUAACUAUAACGAUGCGGAUGCGAUUUCCAAUUUGGAUGCGGUCAGUACGACGAGUACGCAUGGUACUGCGACGACUUCGGCUACCGCGACGACGACGGCGCCAGAGACGAUUCAGCUUUCGAGGACGGUUGUUGUGCUUCCUUCGCCUUUGCCUCUGCCUUUAUCUCAAUCUCAGCAGUCCCAGUCGCAAUCUCCGUAUCAAUCCCAACGUCAAUCUCAAUCUCAACCUCAAUCUCAUGCACAGUCUCACACCCAGCCCCUUCGACGCCAGCAACCCAUAACAGCCCCCUGGAGAGUCGGAACUGGGAGUUCUGAAGCUGGGUGGUUGGGGUUCGAUUUGGGUGGUAGUCCAAGUUCAAGUUCGUAUGAUGGACAGGAGGAACAGGUGCUGUUGGGGUGGGGUUUGAGGAGUCCUACGCCUCCGCCUCCUCCGCCCGCUUUGACGACUCAAACGGUGGCUGGUGGUGUGGCGGGGAGUGGGGGUGUUGCUGUUGCUGGGUUGUUCUUUGAUCGGUAG